AUGAAUGAUCCGAUUACGUACGAUAAUGGAGCUCCGAAUACCCACGGUGGGGCUUCCACAGACCCCUCACCCCUCACAGACCCCUCACCCCUCACAGACUCCUCACCUAGAGAGACUCUCACAAUAGAAGAGGCAGUAAAUAGAGUUUGCGAGAAAGUCACCCUGAAACUGGUUCUGAUGUUCGCCGCUGUCAGUUUGACAGUUCUUAACGUUGGACCUGGGACUUACAUGGCAAUAUUCACGGGCUACAUUCCUUAUACUGAGUGGGAAUGUGUGUCUGUUAAAUGUUGUGAUCUUUUGGCGGCAGCUGCGUCCACUAAAGGCUUUUACUCUUACGAGACCAUGUGUAACAACAAUUUGAUCGCAGGCUCCGACUUUAAGUGGACUUCAAAGACAAAAUCCUUCUCAACAAAAUGGGGUUUUUACUGCCAGAACGAAGCCAAACUAUCUCUUUUCUCCAGUGUACAUUCAAUAGGAACGUUCCUUGGAUCAAUGUGCUCGACAGGUGUAUAUGAAAGGAUAGGUCGGAAAAAAGGAGCAAUAGUCGGCAGUUUCCUAACUCUGAUCGCAGUGGCAGCCAGCGCGGUGGCCAACAAUUACUAUAUUCUCCUCUUACUCCGCAUUGUGUAUGGGUUUGGUAUGCAAGUUACCUACAUGGGGUCUUACUGCUGGAUUGUGGAGACUGCUCCGACUUAUUUAAGGAAUCCCAUCAGUAAUCUGUUUGCGCUAGGGUGGUCGGCGGGGAUAUUCGCGUUGAUUGGAAUCAGCUACGUAAUUCAUGAUUGGCAUUAUGUUCAUGCUGCUGUGGCCUGUGUGGAUGCCGUUGCGAUUCUUCCUUUCUUCUUGCUCCCCCUCCCUGAGUCUCCUCGGUUCUCCUUACUCAAAGGAAAAGAAGAGGAAUCAAAGAAAACUCUCACAGUUCUAGCCGGUUUAAGUGGGACUAAUGUUUCUCUCGACAAAAUAGAUUUGGUUUUUGAAGAGAAGGACCAGUCUUAUUUCGAGCAGAUUAAAGACUUCAAAUGCCACCCAACCAUGCUGAAACAAACCCUAACCGGUAUGAGUAUCUGGUUUAUGGUCUCCUUGAUAUUCUACAGCUACCAGUACGGAUGGUCCAAGAUGGGACACGGUCUCCACAGUAUUUACUCCUUCUCGGCUCUGGGGGAGGCGAUAUCUUUUGUCAUCCCAGUGCCAUGCUGCCGCCUUCUCGGCCGCAAGAAAGCGACUAUAUUCUUUUUUGGGUUGAUUAUUGUCAUGAACGGUUUAGCAAUGCUGAAUGUUAAACUGACAGCUGAGUGGAACCUGGAGCACCUCGCCAGCUUGAUAGGGAGUAUUGGAGGCGGAGCAGCGUAUAACCUAAUGUUUCUUUACACAGGGGACUCCUGA